AUGACUUACGAUCUGCAUGGGCAAUGGGAUCAUGGCAACACUUUCACGAACCUCGGCUGCCCUAAUGGCAACUGUCUCAGGUCGCAGAUCAAUCAGACAAAGACUGAGUCCGCUCUCUCAAUGCUUACUAAAGCAGGAGUCGAUUCAAGUAAGAUCAUGCUCGGACAGCCAUUGUACGGACGUAGCUUCAAGAUGACGGAUCCCAGCUGUUACACCGCGGAGUGCACGUUCACGGGCCCGUCAAUUGGUGCCCAGCCUGGUGAUUGCACCGGGACACCAGGCUAUAUUGCCAACCUGGAGAUCCGCAACAUCAUCAAUGGCGGCGAGUAUGAUGUUCAGCAAUAUAACUCUCUUGAAGCUGGGGAUAUUCUGGUCUACGGUGGCAAUUGGGUCUCGUGGAUGACGGGCUUAACGUACUAUCGACGAAGUGAUUAUGCUCGAGGCCUUGGACUGGGAGGGACGUCCGAUUGGGCUAUUGACUUGAAUUAUACCGGCGACGCUGGUGGAGGUAGCGGUGGAAACAACAGCACCAACGGUACCGGUAGCGGUGUUGUGACUAUCGAUCCAUCAAUCUACGGGAAUCCUAACCCACAAGUCACCUGCCAGCCACCAUGCACGUUCGUGCUCCCACCAUGGACCUUGCCGUAUACCACCACCAUCACCCCAGCCCCGGUCACGUCUUCGAUUGUUGACUACUGGCCGUACGUGACUACGAUCAGUGGCACCGUCACGAGUACCCUCUAUAUUUCGAAGACCACCGUGACUACCAUCACGCCAGCGCCGGUGACCACGACAGAGAUUCCGGUAUCGAACGUGGAGUGGACCGACACUGACCAGAGCAUCAUCUUCCUGACAAGCAGUGUCAUUCUUCCACCGGUCACAUUGACCCAGGAUUCCACGGUCUACACAACAGAUGGCAUGACGAUCACGAUCCCGGGUAUCACCUACAAGUACAGUCAAGGACCAUAUCCGCCGGUGACAAGGCCGACUCCUGGAACCACCUCUAGUCCCGGGAUGGCUGGGAAUCCCACCAGCACCGAAACGCCGACCUCAUCAUCCACAUAUGGAAUCUUUCCACCUCCAACCUCGUGUGGCUCAUGUCCGCCAUCUAUCACUCCAAUCAUUGGUCCACCUGGCCCUCUUUGUAAGACUGGCUGCGUGAUUCAAUGUAUAUUAUUCUGCUCGCCAGAACUGCCGUGUAUUGGUCCGCAGUGUAACUGCAUCGGGGUCGGAUGUCCUGGAGGAGGUGGCUGUGUUGGUCCUGGAUGUUCUGGCUCUGAUAGUGACAAUCCAGGCGACAAUGCCCCCAGUGACCCCGAUGAGGAAGAUAAGUGUGAGAUCGAUAUAUCCACCGGUCUCCGCGACAACGGCAAUUUCCCAGUAUUUGAUGCUUCAACCGGACAGAUCAGCUGCGAUGGGUCGAUGGAGCCGGGCGAAUGCCAACAGCGCAUUGACAAUAACAUGGAGAGCGUGCAGAACCAGCUCGAAAGCGAUCAGCAGUGCUGCCCUACUGGCAGUGGUGCCAAAUUACGACGGCGUGAGUCAAACGGCAUGUUAACGAAUCUGUUACAUGAUGCGAGUGAUUCCUUCGGUGCUCUUUUUAAACGACAGGGCGGUUCCUGCCCUCAGCCUGCAAGCGAUCCACGGCGGCCGGCUCAAGGGCAGUGUCUCGUUACGUACACGUGCCCUCCGGACCUAUUCCCGGGUGUGUGUGGCAAUGCCAAAUCGGCCAUUCAAGACAGGGGCAUGACGUCUAUUUUGUCGCAUAUUACUGGCAGCAGCAUUUACAAGACGGAACCCUGGCACAAAGGCCACUUCAAAUGGAAGUCUGGUACUCCAAAGGGAGGCUGGAAGCUGGAUUGUUGCGAAGUCGAAGAAUAUCCUUUUGGCGCUGGAAAUCCUAAUCGCAAUCCCACCGGCGAUAGAAUCUUCAACUGGGACAACGUCCCCACGCUCCGUCUCAUACCCGGCGGCAGAUUCGGGCUGCACCUGGAGAAUCAAACCCAUGCCAACCACCUCAAAGCGUUCCUCAACAGCGUGAAGCAAGACUAUAGCCUGCCGAACCUCAACCGCAUCGUCUACUGUGUUGACUUCCCGGCGGGAUUUGACAAUUUUAUCCCUGAGAAUUCACCGGACAACUUUUGCGCCGUGGCAUAUGGAGAACAGUCCACCCUGGUCAAUGGAACUCCAACACGUCGCCGAUCCACCUCGCUGCGCGGUCCUCUGUUACGCGCCUACGACAACUGCAUCGCCCACGAGCACCUGCAACGUGCCUUCAGGCUGCCAGAAUGUCGCCGAUCCACCUGGAUGCGCGAUUCUCUGUGA